AUGUCCCCUUAUCCCUGGCCGCUGGUGCGUCAUUCACAGAGAGAGCCGCCUUUUGCUAUCCGGACAAAUCACUCACCGCCAUGUACCAGAGUACCUACUUGGUUAUUUACAUAUACACACAUGGUCCCGAAUACAAAAAUAUGCGUGUACGAAGGGUCCCAGCAGCCACUUGACCCCAGCCCAGCAGCACCGCCAUCAAUACACUUUCUAUGUCCCCGGGAACAAGUGGAUGGCUGUUGUUCAUCCGGCACAUAUACGCCCACGAAUGUAAGAAAUGUUUUCCUUCAGCCCUACCUUCUGUUCUCUUCUGUUUCCAUGUUCCAAAAAUACUCCUCUUCUUUUCUCGUACACACAGAGAGGCCUCAGACGAAGCAUAAAGAGUUGGUCGUUCCAAGUCUAUCUGCUUCGCGCACGACCUUUCCAUCACAUCGUGGACCAGUCCAUAUAACCUUCCACGAGGCAAAGGUUUGCGGUCUGGCUACUCGUGCUCAUCCUCUUAUCAGGAGUGUUCGCUCACAGCUGCCAUCCUCAAUACUACCUCCCUCCCUCAUGUCUCCCAGUCUGGAGCCGCGGGGCGACACACCUUUUUAUCUCGUCCCCUAUACCACCCAGUCACCCCUUGCCCACAACCGGCCCGGCUGGCAUCUCAACACGCUAAUCCCAACGAGUGCUCCCAGCGCCGAAGGCUUGCAUAAACGAGCCCGACGACCCCGUCUCGGCCCUUUGCAAAGCUGGUCCCAAAGAAGAGGGAGCGUUAUAAGUCAGCCCUACAACCAGCCAUCAUCCCUUGCCAAUGCAGAGAUUGACGGCCGUGUCGCCGUCAAUAAGCUUCUCAUCCAGCACAGCAUACCCGUAAUGUCCGACCCUACGCAAAACAAUGUACCACCACGUCCCUCGCGUGCGGAGAGAACAACGACGUCGUGUGGAGAGUGCAGGAGGAGGAAGCAAAGAUGCAACCAGGGCCAGCCAUGCAACAACUGCGCGAGAAGAUACCCCCAACCGCUCUGCGAGUACAGGCCCAACAGCAGACGAUCGAGCGCCGUAGCGGCGGCGGCAGCAGCAGCGGGAGCAACACACCCGCCUGCCUUCUCCAUCUCCAUUCUACCACCACCUCUGAGCCCUGGUCUUUAUGGGGUCGAAAACAUCAGGCCCUCUUCGAUACCCCCAAGGCAGCCUUCUCCUCUCGCUUCGCCAUGGCCCAGAACGCCAGGGCAAGAGGUAACGGGUCCUCUUGCUGGCUGGCCCGGAUUCGACACACUGGGACACUCUCCCACGGCACCGUCAACUCCCCAGUACGCCUGGAGCACUGAUCGCAGCUUUCUCUACUCCCACUUAUCAGCCUGCGAAGAAGGCUGUACGCAACACGCCGCGGCUGUCCAUGGUGUCGUCAAAACCCUUCGUGCCUACUACCCAGGAGGGCAGGGGCUUCAUCCGUGGGGAGGGGGGGGAUGGGACUCGGAAAGCAGCGGGUGGGCAAACAACUCACCCCUACCUCCGAGCAUGUCUGGCGACAGCAACAUACCAUGGGGCAUAGCCAGGCACCCGCCUAUUCUAGAGGAUGCUGAUCUGUUUGCGGUCUAUAUAAACCUCAUUUCCCAGUUCAAGGCAUCGUUAGAUGGGAACCCAGAUGCGUCGAACCCCUACAUCAAGUAUUAUGUUCCAUACUGUAUUCAGUCGCGGCUCCUACAGCGUGUCGGUGUCUACACAGCUGCCUGUUUCCUCGCCGAUUCUGGACAUGUUGAUCUCACGGCGGCCAUGGCGCAGAAAAGCCAAGUAUUUGAGCUCGUCAACAUGCAUCUCAGCUCGCAACUGUCUACCAGCGACGAGGGGAUCACGGGUGUCGUUCAGCUUGUUCUCAACGAGUGGCACUGGGGAAACGAAGGCGACUUGCGUGCCCACUUGAGCGGCUUGCGAGAGAUGAUCAGGGUCCGAGGCGGAUUUCGUACCCUGGGUUUACACGGGCUGAUCAGCAAGCUUGCCAUCACAGCCGAUGUGGCCAUUGCCUUAUCCUCUGAAACGGCCCCUUUCCUGCGUGGCGGUGCCGAGUUUGAGUUCCGUGACAACAGUCAUGUGCCGCUGCGUCUGCCGCUCAACACACCUUUUAUCCCCAAACUCGCAACUUUUGCAUCCUGUGGCGAAGCCCUUCGCACCCACGGCGCCGUGGCCUCUAUCCUCGACGACAUGCGGUUCCUCCUUGCCGCCGUCCUUGCGCUGCCCGCAGAGCCGACAGCGAAAGAGCUCCAAAAAGUGCAUACGACAUCAGGAUGGAUCCACGAAAGAAUGGUGAACCUCUCCGUGGAGGGCCCGGCGCUACGUCGCCUGUCCACUGCCGCAGCCGCGGCGUCUCCUGCCCCGUCAUCAGCCGCCAGCACCACUUCAGCAACGUUUAGCCCAUUAGACACCAUGCCUAGUCCAGAACUGGGAGACGACUACCACAGCAGCACCAGGGGUCGGCCUCUUGGUCUGAAGCAGCAGCAACACUCUCCACUUCCUGUUCGUCCCAUGCAACUGCCAGGCGACGAACACUCCAGCGUGCUGCGCCUCGACGGCUCACCAUCGCCAGCCCGAGCUGCAGCCUCGUCCACACACUCCACGGCGAUGAUGCCGUCGGAUCCUCCAGAUUACAUCUACCAGUCGGUCCGGCUCGCCGCCAUCCUCUACAGCCGGGCCAUCAUGCUCCGCCGUCCCUUCAAGCAGAUUGUAACACCGGCGGAGCACCUACAACUUUGGAGGACCACAUGGAAGGUGCCGCUGUCCACGUGGCGGUCCCUCCUCGGGGUGUUCAACUGGAUUCUGCUGCCUCUUGUAUCGUCGUCGAGCACCCAGGAACAGGACUCGAACAACCACGGGCACUUUGUCAAGGGCAUGCUGAACGUAAGCUUGCUGCAAAUCGGGAUGGAGAACUGGGAGCUGUGCGGCGGGGUUAUGGACGCGUCCGUGGGCCUGCAGAGGUGGUUGUCAGGGAGCGGAGUUGAAGCUGGGGACGGUGGCAACGAGGGUCAAAAAGAUGAUGGGGCGGAGAUGGAGAAACGGGGGGGGGAGAAAUCGGAUAGGGGGCAGGGACCGAAGGACAAGGGCAAGCAGGUUGCCGGGUGA